AUGAUUCGAGUAAGUAUCGCAUUCAUUUUGGCCUCCCUUGUGUGUAGUGCACCACCUGUCCAAUACGAUGCUUGGGACCGUGCCAUGAAAGCCCACGUGAGUUCAUCAGAUGAACUGGAUGGCGUUCCACUGCACACAGUGGACUAUUCGGCGCUGGCGUCUGAUCCAGACUUCACAGCGUUUGUCGCCAGCCUCGAAUUUGCAGAUACGCAUGCACUAUCGAAAAACGAGACGUAUGCGUUGUUCAUGAAUGCAUACAAUGCUCUUGCGAUGAAAAUGAUCGUCGAUCACCCCUGCAAGCACAACGUGUUUGGAUGCUGCACUGGGCCGAUUAGCUCGAUCAAAGAUAUUGGGGUAUCGCUCUUCCACACACCCAUUUCGACUGUGUGGACGAGGGAUGCUGGCAACAUCGGUGGCAGAACCUAUUCGCUCCAACAGAUUGAAAAUUUCUUGCGCGAUCCCAAGCCGUUCGAUGAAGACGCCCGACUUCACGCAUGUAUUGUCUGCGCAUCAGUUUCCUGCCCGAACGUGCGGGUUGGUGCCUUCCACCCAGAGUCGAUCGACGCUGAGAUGACAGAUCAGAUGCGAAACAUGCUCAGCAACAAUGUGAAAGGCUUCGCCCUAGACCGUGACAGUAAGACAGUCACGCUAUCGCGCAUAUUCUCAUGGUACGCGGGUGAUUUCUCUAAGGCGGCCGGUAGCGUGCUAGACUUCAUCUUGCCUUAUCUGUCCAAUGUGGAUCGGCUGUUCAUCGUCGCGAACAAAGCUGAUAUCACGCUUGCCUUCUUUGGCUACGACUGGAAUGCAAAUGGCAAGGUGCCGUGCAAUUGCUCUGGCAGCAGCGCCAACAUCGUAGUGUAA